AGUUAAGUAUGAGUCCACGUACUAGAAGCAAGUCAGCUAGAGAUCUGACCAAGUCUAUUAUUUCUGAAUUACCGAUUGGUGCACUACAUAGAAUACUAGAACUUAUGCCCAUCAAAUAUGCUGCAAGAUCUAGCAUCUUAUCAAAACAUUGGAGACAGUUAUGGUCUACACAGCCUAAUCUUGUGUUCGAUCCUAUGUUUUUUCAGCAUGUAUCUAAUACUGAGGAUUCUGCUGCAAGCAUAAUUCAUAAAAUUCUCAUGAAACAUACUGGAGAUAUUCUGGGAUUCCAUCUCAUCUCCGAUGCAGACACUUUAACACAGUCCGAUGUGGAUAAAUUCAUCAUCUUUGCCUCGAAUCAUGGUAUCCAAAAGCUCACUCUAGAAAUGGCCAACGAUGAAAAAUAUGUGUUACCUGAUAGCAUAUAUACUUGUGCAACGUUGACACGUUUGAAGCUCUCAAUGUGUAUCUUUAAGCUUCCGGAUGGCACCCGAUUUCCCAAUCUUAUUAGCCUUCAGUUAGAACAUUCUAAAAUUGCCGGUCAUCGAGGAUUAGAAAACAAACUUGAUUUGCCAAUUCUCGAGACUUUGGAGUUGAGAUUUUGUGUUGAUGUUCAUUCUGUUUCUUUGGUUUGUCCAAAACUUGAGAACUUGUCUAUCAUUAGCAGCUAUACAAUUACAUUUCGAUGUUUUUUUCUGAACCCAAUCUUUAGUAUCAUUAAGCACCUCUGCUUGAAUGGAACUUCCCUGGAGAAACUUCGCUCGGCGUAUGUGGAAGACAAGCUUCGCCAACCACUAAAAUUGCAAAGCCUGAAAAUAUGUAACUUUAAGAUUUCAGUUGAAAGUAUUGCUUGUGCAGUUUGCCUGCUUAGGAGUUCUCCCAACCUUUAUAAAAUCGAAAUAGACAAAGUUGCAAAGGUUGAUGAGACAUUGAAUCAGAAAAGGGAACUGUUAUCUUACUUAUCAAUGGAAAAAAACCGUGUGGAUGAAGCUCUGAGAUUGAUUCAAACAAUGAGGUUGCGGAAAUUCAAGGGAUCAAGAAUCGAAAUCUUCGCCUGUUACAAAGCUUAUGAACUCAGAGACACAUUCUUGGAUGACCAGUUUGGAUUCAUCAGCUAUCUUGGCAUUGGGAGGAAGGAUCUUGCGCAUGUUUCUGACCACGUUGGCUAUUGGCAUAAAUCGGUCUUGCUCCCGGAUGGUGCAUUCAGAAUCUUCUUCAUUGGCAGCAAUUUCCUGACUCAACCUCGAACUCAACUAUAUGUCACCAUCAAAAUGGCAACGGAAACACUUAGAUCUGAUACCAAACUAGUGAAGGAAGAGAUUGUCACUAAGCCACUUGACGGUAUCAGAUCUGAGGGUUUCCGUAGCCUAUUUGAUGGUGACACAGUUGAGUUCGAGAUUGAGUUUGGUAGUGAUUGUCGCACUUAG